GCGCAAGCGGCGGGAUCGCUCUCUCUUUUACCGCCAUAAGAGCGGAGUCUUUUUCUUUGGGACCGCUUCACUGCGCAGAUCCACCUAGUCAAGGCGCUAGCUAAAGCAGCAUCACUCAAGACUUGGCUAAGAUGGCAGACAUGGACAAUAAGGACCAGGCUGAGCUGGACCCGGCAGAUAUGGAGGAUGUGGAGGAGGUGGAAGAGGAGGAGACUGGAGAGGAUGUCAACAGUAAAGUGUCUGGCCUUGUCCGUCUCUCCUCAGCUCGUCAGCUCACCGUGCAGAUGAUGCAGAACCCACAGAUUCUGGCCGCGUUGCAGGAGAGGCUGGACGGCCUGGUUGGCUCGCCGUCAGGAUACAUGGAGAGCUUACCAAAGGUAGUGAAGAGACGGGUCAACGCCCUGAAGAAUCUACAAGUGAAAUGCGCCCACAUUGAGGCCAAGUUCUACGAAGAGGUCCACGAACUGGAGAGAAAGUACGCCGCUCUCUACCAACCCCUCUUCGACAAACGCAGCGACAUAGUUAAAGCAGCCUAUGAGCCCACAGAGGAGGAGUGUGAAUGGAAGGCUGAUGAGGAGGAAGAGUUGACAGUAAGUAAGCAGGAGGAGAUGAAGGAGAAGGCCAAGGUGGAGGAGGAGAAGAAGGAUGAGGAGAAGGAGGACCCCAAAGGCAUCCCAGAGUUCUGGCUAACGGUUUUCAAGAACGUGGACCUGCUCAGCGACAUGCUGCAGGAACAUGAUGAACCCAUCCUCAAGCACUUACAAGAUAUCAAAGUCAAAUUCUCAGACCCAGGCCAGCCCAUGAGCUUCUCUUUAGAAUUCUACUUUGAGCCUAAUGAGUUCUUCACAAACACUUUGUUGACAAAAACCUACAAGAUGAGGUCUGAGCCUGACGAGAGCGACCCCUUCUCCUUCGACGGGCCGGAGAUCAUGGGCUGCACGGGUUGUCCGAUCGACUGGACAAAGGGCAAGAACAUCACAUUGAAGACUAUCAAGAAGAAGCAGAAACACAAGGGGCGUGGCACAGUCAGGACGGUCACCAAGACAGUCCCCAACGACUCCUUCUUCAACUUCUUCACCCCGCCUGAUGUCCCUGAAAGUGGAGAGCUGGACGAGGACUCUGAGGCUGUCCUCGCCGCAGACUUUGAGAUUGGCCACUUCAUCCGCGAGCGUAUCGUCCCCAGGGCUGUGCUGUACUUCACGGGGGAGGCCAUCGAGGACGACGAUGACGAUUACGAUGAGGAGGGAGAGGAGGCUGAUGACGAGGAGGGUGAGGAGGAGGGUGAAGAGGAGAAUGAUCCUGACUAUGAUCCCAAGGUUUAAGUGAUGUCUGUAGAAAAUAACCCUCUCCUGAAGGACGCAAAUCCCCCAGCCGAGUGCAAGCAGCAGUGAAGGCUGCGGGUCAACUGCACUGUAACAGCUUCUCAAAUAAAACACUUACUUACGCCUUAUAAUGUUUUGUAUUUUUCUUGGUAGAAAUAAAAAUAAAGGGUUUCAAGAUUUUUGUUACAGAAAACUCCUAAUAUAAUGUGAGCAGUGGCUCGAUAUGCAUAGUAUUUUACUAGACCGUUUUCCCCCCUCCUGUACAAAUAGUUAGAAUGCCACAAACUCUCUCAAAGCAUGAUCUUGUUUCUCUCACUGCUAAACUAGUUUGGGUUCUUGUGAAGUUUUUGUUGUAUUGCUCUUGGACAACAGCUGUGGUUAGACUGCAUUGAGGCAAGUGAUGAGAAGGCCAACCUGUUCCUUUUCCCUCGCGCUACCAAAGUUACCGGUCAGUUCAGGUUGAAGUCGUGAGUUUGAAGUCUGUCAUUGUAUUAGUGGGGCCUCGAGCACUGUCGAAGCAAAACCCUGCUUUUAGUCACGGCUAAGGAAAGAAACUAAUGUGACGAAUCGCUGCCUGUUGCACACAGGUGCACAUUUGGCCACUCAAGCAUGCCAUUUGGAGCAGGGCAAGCGGUUCUCGGCCAGUUGGAAGCUGUUAUUAGCCGCUUGAGUGGGCUGAAAUCAAGUUGUCAAUGUAAAACAUUCCAGUUUGCAGACUGACAGGCAUCGGAAGUUUGAAUGCUCUCUUGGGAUCAAUAUUACCUCGACUCAAUGGUCUGAUUUGUUAAAGAAACAGAACCAUGUGUCAGCGCUGCUAAAUUUAAUGAGACAAGUCUGCAAGUUAUUUUUUUCUAUUAAAUACCUAACGCUCUUUCUGAAUUUUAAUUUGCAUGAAGCAACUUUUUUUCUCUCCAACACACCGCUUUGUCUUGCCCAGUCAGACUCCUAACAUUGCAGAUGAUUUGACGAGGGACAGUUCCAAGGGUUCACCAGCAGGGGGCAACACGUGCCCAAUCAUCUGCUUCAGGCUCUUGUUAGCUCACAGUUGUGACUUGUCUUUUUCUAUAGCACUUUGUACUACUUAGUCAUGUAUCAGUUGUGUCCUCUGAAAUGGUUAGUUGUCAGUCCAGUACCCCUUGUGUAAAUCAGAAAGUGAGCAGCACUUUGGUGGCGGCCGUUGUCAUACUGCGCCCCAACGAUUGGCGCCCUAUUGGGCUUUUCCCUGCAAUACGUGAAUCUCCAAGUGCAUUACCCUUAAUUUGGGAAUCCCACUUGACUUGUAUACUCUGAUAGCAAUAGGUUCGGAACAAGUUUUCUUCUGAGGAAGAAAACCACCAAAUUCAGGCUUCCAUUGGCAUGUGGUCGUGGCUUUUGAGACUUUUGUAACAUACUCUCGAGGUUAGGAUAACUCUUGAAUCUAGACUGCCUGUCAGGCCCCUGAGCGUACGGCUAAUUUAUCACUGUGAAGGGAAGGUGGCGAUGAGUUCUGGUAGAAGUCCUGUCUGUCGGCCGCUCUCUCUGUAACCAACCCCACCCGGCAGGUCACGCUGAAGCAUGUAAGAGCAAUACUUAGUCAGGGAACAGAAAGAAUAAGUUGCUUAAGCCAACCCACUGCAUCCUUUUCCUUUAGUGGAAACAGCCAUGUUGUAGAUGUAUGUCGGGUGGUGGCACCCUCGCUGCUGUUGCUAGUGGAGCUCUAGGGAAUACUGCUGCAUUCAGUGGGAGAUUUAAAUAAGAAGUCUGGACUAUUCUAGGGGCACGACUGGAUUCGGUCUGUGGAUUCUCUUGAGCAGCUGUUGUCAAAGCUAAAUGCUAUGCUACAAAAUACUAAAUGUACUCAAUAACUGUAUGUAUAUUCAUGAAUAAAUUGGUUAAACGUG